AUGAGCCCUGCACAUCAGCCGGAUUUAAAAAAGUACCUAGAUAAGCGCGUUCGAUUAAAGUUAAAUGGAAAUCGCGAAGUUGUUGGCGUCUUACGGGGCUUUGAUCCCUUUAUGAACAUGGUUCUUGAUGAUUGCCAAGAGAUAUCAAAGUCUGGACAACAGAUUAACAUUGAUACUGUCGUGGUUCGGGGCAACAGUGUGAAUAUCGUCGAGGUUCUGGAACGUUUUUAG